GAACACAUCAAGCCACACAUACGUAUACGAGCUAUAAACCCUUGUCUUGUCCCCGGUGUCUGGAUUAAUCGACUUUCUGCCGCUUCAGAUCGAAGCUCUUUCUGAGAAUUCUCAGAGUCGUAUGCUCUCGGUCGUCUGAUUUCACGACCAUUUGCGAUCUCUAUAAACCCUAAAUUGUCCACCGGAAUCUGGAAGGAUGGGGGACUAUGGCGAUGCGAUGAUGCGCAACCAAAACGCCGCCGUUCAGGCUCGUACCAAGGCUCAGAACCGCGCUAAUGUCUUGCAACUCAAAUUGGAAAUCUGGAAAUCAGGAUGUUACGGUUGGAAAUUAAAUGGUCGUAACUUUGACAUAACAGCAAUUAAGGUCCAGUAUGGUGUCUGUGGCUGUGUGAUUAUGUUGACAAGAAUUGAAAUGAGCAUUAUUGGUCAGAGUCAUCCAACUGGUUUAACAGCCAACCUGCUGAAGUUAUUCGAGCCUCGUCCACCUUUGGAAUACAAACCACCUCCUGAAAAGAGGAAAUGCCCACCAUAUACAGGUAUGGCACUGUUUGUUAGUAAAUUUGCUGAGCCUGGUGAUCCACAAUAUGCUGCUCCUGUGCAGAAAAGUGAAACCCCAGCAGAGCGACGAGCUAGGAUUCACCAGAUGCGUCUGGAGGAGGGAGCCAAAAAGGCCGCAGAGGAUCUUGAGAAAUAUGAUCCAAAUAACGAUCCAAAUAUAUCUGGAGACCCAUACAAAACAUUGUUUGUCUCAAGGCUUAAUUAUGAGACCACUGAAAGCAGAGUCAAAAGGGAGUUUGAGGCAUAUGGUCCUAUUAAGCGGGUUCGUUUGGUCACCAAUAAAGAGUCAAAUAAGCCAAGAGGCUAUGCUUUUAUCGAAUACGUUCAUACAAGGGAUAUGAAAGCUGCUUAUAAACAAGCAGAUGGUAAGAAGAUCGAUAAUAGGAGGGUGCUUGUGGAUGUUGAACGUGGUAGAACUGUUCCAAAUUGGCGACCCCGCAGGCUUGGUGGUGGUCUUGGAACAUCUCGGGUUGGCAAUGAAGAAGUUAACCAGAAGCAGUUAGGGAGAGAGCAAGUUCAGUCUGGUGGAAUAUCUAGGUCAGAGGAACCAAGGGUUGAACGAGAGAGGGACAGGGAAAAAUCCCGCGAACGGGGAAAAGAAAGAGAGAGAGAACGUGAAAGGUCUCACGACAGGCCUCGUGACCGUGACCACCGAGACGACAGGCACCACAGAGACCGCGAUCGGACCCGAGACCGAGACCGCGGCCGUGACCGUGACCGUGACCGUGAUCGAGACCACGAGAGGGACCGCGGCCGUGACCGUGAUCGUGGCCGAGAUCGAGAUCGAGGCCACCAUCGGGAGAGAGAAAGAGAGAGAGAUGGGAGAGAUUAUGAAACCGAAGCCCACGACAAUAAUUACGAUCGUGGCCGCUCUCGAGACCGUUCUCGUGAUAGGGACUAUGAAUAUGAUGAAGAUCGUGGUGACUCGAAGCGUGCAAGGAUUGAGAGGGAAGGAGGGGAGUAUGGUGAAAAGGCGGAGCAUGGGCAGUAUGAGUCGUAUUAUGGAAGAGGGCAGUAUGAUGAUGAUUAUGAGCGUUAUGAUGAGGAUGGUGGGUAUGGUUUUGAGCGGGCUGAUGGGUCUGGUUUGCAGGAGAGGGAGCGUGGGCAGAGGUCGGUUUCUCGUGAGUAUUGAUUGGGUGAUGUCUGUUGGUGUUUUCGCUGUUUUGGGACAGUGAAUGGAUUGGAUUGGAUUGUUUGGUUUUUAUGUUUGGUUUUGUUAUGUUGGUUGAAUUUGGGUUAAGGAAUUUGGAUGUUUGUAUGUGGAUUAUGUGAUUUGGUAGUUGUUUUUAGUUCUGCUUCUGGUUUUAGCUGGGAUCUUGUGUACCAGCUCUUUACUUUAAAAAUGAGAUGUUGGAUAUUGUUUUUUUUGGAUCUUCUGGUCGGAUUAAGUGGGUCUUUAUUUGGAUUUCGGAUGGACUUGCUUAAACCCUGAUAUUGUAUGUGGAUUAUGUGCUUGUUAAUUGUUUUUAGUUCUGCUUCUGGU